CACAACGCAAGUGCAUUUGCUGCCAUGAUUUACAUCUAAUCUAAUCUCAACUCGGGGAGUUUCGUUUGUUCAAAAAUUGGCUUACUGACAGAGUCGGGAAAAUCGAGAAUUUUUGCAUUAAAUUUGUCUGCCAGUUCUGAAAGCUGCGAAGAGGCAAGUGGAUAUGGCCUUUACAAAUGGAGAUCGUCCAGAGCCUGAUUUGGACCACUGGGACGAAUACUGUGAACCAGACGUUGAUCCAAAUGAAGUUGACGAAGGAUCCCUUGCCGAAAUUUUGGACGGUAAAUUUCCCAAGGAGCCUCGUUUGCAGUUGUUGGAUCUGGAACUGCUUCAGCAGCAGCGUUACAGGCUACUGCUCAGUGACAGACGGAAUACUUAUUCUUUCGCUAUGCUGGCCUUUACAAAGAACAGUCUGGUUGAUACAGGAAAACUGACACCGUUUUCCAUAAUCGUACUAAAAAGAUAUUUAGUAGAUGUUCGCCAAAAAAGGUCCCUUAUUAUAAUACUGGAUGCCGAGGUCUGUGUUCCCGGCGAUCAGGUUAGCGAAAGGUUAGGGUCACCCGUUUCAUUGGAAAACGACAUGUCGGUUGCGGAUGGAGCUUCGGGCGAAGGGAGGGGUUCUGCGAAGCCAGCUCGAGUUUCCAUGGAAAUUUGAGUACAUGCUUUAAUUCAGUUUCCAGAAUAUUUUUAAUACAAAAAUGUCGGCAUAAGAAUUAUUUUGUGAUAUCAUGAUAUUAUAGAACAAUAACCGAGAUCACUAUUAAUUGACCAGCUGAUCGGUGUAUUUUGCUUUGAUUAUUGACGCGUGUGAAGUUGCCGCAUGCUGCAAGAUGCUGACUUACUUUUGACUACAGUGUUCCUUACAUUAAACAAUCCGGCCACUGUCACCACGCCUUCCAGCUACCGGUGUCCAAAAUAACCCACAUUGUUUCAUAUGGAAAUUUUUUUUUAAAAACUGAUUUAAUGAUGUGGUUUAUUGUCGUUAUACAACUUUAUCUUAAAAAGGGAGACAGUUUUGGAGAUUUAUAAAAAUUUACGAUAUUUUGCUGGAGGUCCGCUAAUGCAGUACAAUGGCCGGAAUGACGAUUUGUGGAAGUGGUCAGAAUGCGAGAAACAUUGAAGCAUUAUAAUUUUGCGGAUUAAUCUACUCGGUUGCGUAGUACUGUGUAUUUACUCAAUCUGUACUUUAUCUUGCAGCGCGAACUUCCUACGCACAUUUCUCCUGAUUGUUCGAGAAGGAUAAGCGUUGUUUUUCGACUAUGGUUAUCAAUUCCGGGGCAAAUGGAUGCAUUUCUUUUACCACGAUUCUGUAUUUAACGAUCGGCGAGAAGAGUCAGUAGAUUUCCUGUCCAGAGUGCAAUUCUUAUCCAGUUUUUAUUCAAUGGAAGUGAAGUUGAGUUGAACCAAUGGAUGUCUUCCUCAAAUAUUCUACUGUGGUCCCGCGGAUGAAAGGAUGGAGAUAAAGAUUAUUGGCAACGGAGUUGUCGCCACGUUCCCACUUCCCUCGAUUAGUAAAAUCCAUCGAUUGGUAAAAUCUUUACCACGAAUCCGAUGAACGACAUUUGGAGAAGCGGGGUGGGAAACGAAUCCUGAUUACAGUUUAACGGGCAGCAGCGUAUACCCAAAUUUAAGUCUGCGGCUCGAUCUAUUCCAGUAGAAACAGGAGGAAAAAUAAAGCUGGACAUUGCCCUAAUACGAUCUUUCAUCUUUGCUAAGGGUAAAGGGAGAUUUAUGAGGUUGUGCAGGGUAUUUCGGAAGACGAAGGCCUUACAGUGCGUCAUAACGCGCGGACUUCAUUGACCUUAGCGCACAUUAUUGUUGCUCUAGAUGACUUCGAUACUCGUAUCGCAGCUGGGAUCACUGAUCCUUCCGACUAGCAGUGGCUUUCCUUUUGCCGAGAUUUUUGAUUGUUUUUGGACUGUGUCGCUUUGUCCGAAUGACAAAAUUACUUGCAUGGAUCUUUCCUGCUUAGGUUAGUUACCUUUUGUGUUAAUGGUAUCGUUUGUUUGGGGUUUGUGAUUUUCCCAUCAAUAAUCCCGUCUGUCCAUUCCCGUCAAGAUGUAUUUAGUGCGUACUAUGUUUAUGUGGCCUUUUUCUAAAUGCUGGUCAGUGGUGCACGGCCGAACUAUCAGAAAUUCUUUCAAACUUCUGUAUCACCACUUUUUUAACGUUUAAAUUUGAACCAUUUUAAAGUGCAGUGCCACGCAAGCGCGCCUUUUAUUGCUUUGAUGGCUGUUAUCAAAUACUUAAUAAACGUAUUCGCUACCGCCGA